GGAGGAGACAGAGACGCAGACAAGGAGCCCGCUUGGGUUCAGCCAGCACACCUCUACUGAACAGCCCGAUCACAGCUAGGCGACCUACUGCACCUGUUCAAGGAACCAUGGCAAAGCGUGUUGCAGUUAUUCUCUCAGGCUGUGGAGUCUAUGACGGCACAGAGAUCCACGAGGCCUCCGCUGUCCUCGUCCAUCUGAGUCGGGCUGGAGCAAAAGUGCAGAUGUUUGCUCCGAAUGCAGAUCAGAUGCAUGUUGUAAACCACUGUGAGGGGAAACCUACUGAGGAGAAGAGAAACAUACUGCAGGAAAGUGCUCGCAUUGCAAGGGGUGACGUGACUGAUCUGACCAAGUUAGAUGUUUCAGCAUUUGAAGCCCUCAUCAUCCCAGGGGGCUUUGGUGUGGCGAAGAACCUGAGUGACUGGGCAGUGAAGAAUAAGGACUGCACCAUCCAGCCACAGUUAGAGAAGCUCAUCAAGGCUUUCCACAAAGCCAAAAAGCCGCUGGGCAUGUGCUGCAUCGCCCCCAUCCUCGCUGCCAAAAUCCUGCCCGGCUGUGAGCUCACUGUGGGACAGGACAAAGAGUGUAAAAAGUGGCCGUAUGCUCAGACAGCAGGCGCUAUGAAGGAGAUGGGCUGCAAACACAUCAACACGGAUGUGGAGAAAGCGCACGUUGAUGUCAAAAAUAAGCUGGUCACCACCUGUGCAUUUAUGUGCAAUGCUCCCAUUCAUAGUGUUUAUGAUGGAAUAGGAGUCAUGGUUAAGGAGACACUGAAACUGGCUUAAGAAGUCUCUGAUUACAUUCUAGAUGUUUUUAUUUCUUUACUUUAAAAUUGGAAUGUUCUUGACUAACAUAGCAAGUUACGGCAUGUACUGUAUCUAAUGUCAAUAUAUCAAUGCAUUUUGAGAUUUUCAAUAAAGGUUACUCUACAAAUU